GCUCUUCAAAGUUUCAUAAAUAAUGUCGCAAACGUUUGCUUUUUAUGUUUGUUAAAGUUCACCGGCAAACGAAAAUUGUAUUUAACAAUGUUGUCCGGCGUUUUUUUGAGCUCGAUCAUCGUUUGGGUAUAUGGUUUUUUGGUGCUUCCAAAUGGUUAUAAUUCAUUCAGUCAUUCGGAAUUCACGCCGGAAAAUAAGAAUCUCGCGUAUAUUCCGAUCAUUGCCAUUUUUCUCUGGAGUUUUUGUUCGUUCUGUGGUGUAAAUUCAAUGCCAUGGCAAUUGCUGUCCGAGGUGUUUCCGUACAAAACAAGAGGGGCAGCAACUGGAAUCACUGCAGCGAUUAACUAUGUGAUAUGCUUCAUUUCAACCAAAACUUAUUACAAUUUGGAGACGACAUUUUCACUGAGCGGAGUCGCGUUGUUUAAUUCCAUCGUUAUUGCCGUUGGUCUGGUGCUAAUGUAUAAAAUCUUGCCAGAAACCGAAAAUCGUUCGCUAGAGGACAUUGAAAUGCAUUUUGCCGAUAAUUCGAAGAAAUUCACCGACCGAAAAAUCCCGAAGAUCUCAAAACAAAAACGAGCAAACGCGAACGAUCCAAAUGAAAUUCCAAAUAAAUCGGUGUCUGUAAUUGAUCAAAUUGAUAUUGGCUGUGAUAACCGUGGUUUUGUUAAUGAUCAUUGAAAAAGAGUAAUUUAAUCGAACCAAAAUUGAAUUUCUCUGAUACUUUUAACCCGAAUCAGGUUGAUUUCGUUCAAUUCUCAAAAGAAAAUUCUGAAUCAUUCACAUCGAACCAGAAAUGCACCUUACUGAGAACCGUUCAUUGACACUCAUUUGAUCACAUUGUGCGUAAUGUUAUUUUAACUGUAAACAAACUAGAAUAAAAUAAGUGUAAAAUUAAGCUGUUUUCAUUGACACAACUAAUAAAAGACAAAGUAUUAUACAUUGUAAAUAAAUUGUGUUGGUGUGUAUGAACUGAAUUGUGUGCAGUCACGUGGUUCGUUCAAAUGCUGCAGUAAUAAAUCGUUUGAUUGCAUCACAUUCAACGAAAGAGGAGGAAAAGAAGACGAAAUUUAAAGAUGUGGGUCGGCGCCGUUUUUAAAUGUGAACAAAAAAAGAAAGUGUUCGGAAUACGCGAGAGGUACAGUGUUUUCAU